AGUAACACUUUAUUCUUGGCACUCACUCCACACAUUUUUAGUAGACUAAAUCAAUUGCUGUAAUAUUACGCUACUGUAUAAUUAAUCAUGUAAUUAUAAAAGUAAUAUCAAUAUCGAAGAGUGGGCUUUUUAUAGGAACAAAUUAACACAUUUCAGCUAAAUACCCUGUUGAUGCAUGAGAUGAAACAAGCUGGUGGGGACGUUUCCAGAGACUCUGGCGCGCAGCUGAGCGCAUAUGGCGCACAAAACGUCUCAUCUUCCCUCAAUCUACAAGUGAGAGACUUCACUUCGGACACGUCAGUGGUGGAUAAGGACUGGAGACUUUGAUGGAAUGUGGAUCUCUUCACACUAACUUGAACAAUAGAAGAAAAAAUGACAUCUAGUGCGUUUAGGAAACCGUGACUAACUCGUGCUCGUAUUAUUGUUGAUCUGGAGCUUGUGAGAAGAUGCACAAGUUGAAUUGAUUCUAUCGGACGGUAUUUCGACCUUGUCUGGAUGUGGUCACACAGUUUUUCGGGUGAAGAUAGAAGGAAGUUUGAAAGGACAUAUAAUGAGAAUAACACACUGCUAGCGGUACUGAGGCUGCGAGCUGCAUCUGGAGCACACGCGAGGAGAGCAGACAGAGGCGCGCGCUUCUGCUGUAGACAGAUACGCGGGAAAGAGAAUAUGUAGAGCCUGCUAUUUCGCAGUAAACCAUGGCUUACCAUUGACCUUUCUUUGAGGAUUUAAGGACAUUUAAAAAAAAAACGGUUGUUUAAAAGAAGUUGACAGCUCAUCUUCCAUGGAGUCCCAUUGCAAUUUUGGAGACUCGAUGUGGGACAAAAAUGGACCGCAUGAACGGACUGAGCUCCAGGAUUAUCGUUGUGUUGCUCCACAGUAAGAUGUAGCCUGUUGUGUGUUCUUGGUGCUUAUGGAAACUUAAUUGCUACAUUUUCAUAAAACACAGGCUACAGAUGCCACGUUUCAUGCGUAAAGAUACGGACGAUGUAUUUAUUUUGUUGUUAUGCUGCGUGUGCAUUUCAAUUCAACAAUAUUGCAACUGCAUGUCUACAUUUCUAUCACCGUCCAAAGCGUCAGGCAGCUUGUCCAGUGCAUGUGCCCUGCAGUUGCUUGCCCUGGAUGGAGCGUCAAUAAGGGCACGAAUAUAAUCACAUGGACACGCCUCGUCAGUCAUUAAACAAAUCAGAUAAACACAGUGUUAAUAUGAUCAAUAGACUGUAUCGACGAGCCCGUAUAUAAGGCUAAUGAUUGGCCUAGCCUCUGUUUACUUAUCAUGCCUGCGAGAAUAUGGUGUGAAAUUUUCAGAUGACUGCUGACAGGUCAAUGAAAGAGACAUAUGAUAAAGCAGAGUAAAAGUUUAGAUUCGUAGAUUCGUAGAAAAGUAGAUUCGUAGGUACAUCAUACUAAACUCUUCAAUAACAGAUGGAAUACCCAUAGUGGAAAACUGCUGCUCUGACAGUAGAAUGUCUUCGAGAAUUCAUGAACAGGGUGCAUUUUUUGGCUCAUUUAUAAAGAGUGCUUUUUGAAAUAUUUAUAGACACCAUUCUGCAGGAUGAUUGCUGUGAUGAGCAUGGUGAACCAUCCUCCAGACUUGAUGGUCCCCAGGCAAGCGGCCAAGGAUCCAUUUUCCAUCUAAUUGGCCUGAGUUCAGGUGAUUGGAAUUAUGGGGUGAUUUCUAUCUCUACAAGCUGACAGAAACAUGGAUUUGAACUUCUCCACGGUCCGCGAUAGCGAUAAUUUGCUGGAGAGAGACUCAUCCAAGCGCGUUCUGACAGGCUGCUUUCUCUUUGCGCUCAUCCUGACCACACUGCUGGGGAACACACUGGUAUGUGUUGCAGUCACCAAGUUCCGCCACCUGCGCUCAAAGGUCACCAACUUCUUUGUGAUCUCUUUGGCCAUUUCAGACCUGCUGGUGGCCAUCUUGGUGAUGCCAUGGAAGGCAGCGACGGAGAUCGUGGGCUUCUGGCCGUUCGGUGCCUUCUGUAAUGUCUGGGUGGCGUUCGACAUCAUGUGCUCAACAGCGUCCAUUUUGAACUUAUGUGUCAUCAGCGUGGACAGAUACUGGGCGAUCUCAAGCCCAUUCCGCUACGAGAGGAAGAUGACACCCAAGGUGGCGUUUAUUAUGAUCAGUGUGGCAUGGACGCUGUCUGUGCUCAUCUCUUUCAUCCCUGUGCAGUUGAACUGGCACAAGGCUGCGGCGUUGGAGCUCAACGGCACUUACGGUGAGCUGCCGCCGGACAACUGUGACUCCAGCCUUAACAGGACCUAUGCCAUCUCCUCCUCCCUCAUCAGCUUCUACAUCCCUGUGGCAAUCAUGAUCGUGACUUACACCCGGAUUUACAGAAUUGCCCAGAUACAAAUCAGGAGGAUCUCAGCACUGGAGAGGGCUGCGGAGAGUGCCAAGAACCGCCACAGCAGUAUGGGUAACAACUCCAACAUGGAGACGGAGAGUUCCUUCAAGAUGUCUUUUAAAAGAGAAACCAAAGUCCUAAAGACCCUCUCUGUCAUAAUGGGGGUUUUUGUGUGCUGCUGGCUGCCCUUCUUCAUCCUCAACUGCAUGGUACCCUUCUGUGAGCCCAACGGCACCUCUGAUUUUCUCUGCAUCAGCCCCGGCACCUUCGACGUGUUCGUCUGGUUCGGCUGGGCCAACUCCUCACUCAACCCCAUCAUAUAUGCCUUCAACGCGGACUUCCGCAAAGCGUUCUCCAUCUUGCUGGGCUGCCACAGACUCUGCCCAGGCAGCAAUGCCAUAGAGAUAGUGAGCAUCAACAACAAUGGAUCCCAGCCGCCUGCAUCCCAGUAUCAGCCCAAAGGGCACAUUCCCAAGGAAAGCAACAAUGCCACCUAUGUGAUUCCCCACAGCAUCCUGUGUCAGGAGGAGGAGCUGCAGAAGAAGGAUGGCGUUGGGAUUAAGACCUUGGAGAAACUGUCCCCGUCCCUUUCUGGGAACUUGGGCAGCGAUGCCGAUGUGUCACUGGAAAAGAUUAAUCCUAUAACUCAGAACGGCCAACACAAAACUGUGACAUGUUGAGGGGUGUAUGUUUUGGUAUACAAACAUGAGAAGGAACCCAGAGGGAGAGACUUGGCAGUAUGCCUAGCAGAAGUGUGGUAUAUACAAACUGAGCUUCACUGCGAACCUUAAAACUCGAAUCACUAUGGAAAUCUACAGAAUGUUUCAAAUGAAGGCACUUUAUCCUGGAUAACUAUCUGCAAACACCUUCAGCAUUUAUUAUUAAAGUAUAGACAGAUUUGUUGAUAAAUGUUCCAUAACUUGAAUAAAGUAAAACGAAAUACACACGUGUAUACAUGUGUUGUAUUUACAAAUAUGUAUACAUUUGCAUGUGUACACAGUAGUGACAAAUAUCCUGGAAGCUGUUAUAACAUGGAGAAAGAAGUAGAAAUAUUAGCAAAAUGUCUCGUAGGUAAGUGCUUUACAUUUAUAUGUACAGCGUGUUUCAUAUUCUUACAAAGAUAACUAUAAAGAUAAUUGGUUUUGAUUGUUUUUUUUCGAUGUCAACCACAGUGUGUAAUUAUUUAAAAUGUUAUUUAUAAUAUUCAUCAUCAUUUAUUAGAGAGUUGAAUAGACUUCUGGUUAAUGAUAACUGACAAAAAUAAUAUGGAGAGAGACCAUAGGAUGGUGAAAUGGUUCAAAACAACCCUCAUCAACUCUUGCAUUUGCGUUGUUGUGAGAUUGAAGUGGUAAGCCUCAGCGUGGUAGGGUUGUGGUAAGGUAUGGUGUAUACACAUGUAUGCAUUUGAUAUUUAGAACACAUUGUCAGUAACGGAGGCUUUAAAUACCUUUCAUUUUCACAGAGAUACAACGUCUUAUGCCAAGUAUGUCAUAUUUCUAUAUAUUUUAGUUGCAUUCCCCUUUUGUAGUACAUGAUUCUCCCAAUUGGGAAAUGCAAAAGUGUUGAUGGAGCUCACUCUGAUUGUCACACCGGAUUUCAAAGAAUCUUCUGUCAAACCUGAUUUUAAAGAACCAACUGUCAAACCUGAUUUUAAAGAACAAACUGUCAAAUCUGAUUUUAAAGAACAAACUGUCAAACCUGAUUUUAAAGAACCAACUGUCAAAUCUGAUUUUAAAGAACCAACUGUCAAUCUGAUUUUAAAGAACAAACUGUCAAACCUGAUUUAAAAGAACAAACUGUCAAAUCUGAUUUCAAAGAACAAAUUGUCAAACCUGAUUUUAAAGAACAAACUGUCAAACCUGAUUUUAAAGAACAAACUGGCAAACCUGAUUUUAAAAAACUAACCGGCAAACCUGAUUUUAAAGAACAAACACCAUGUGUCUUUAACAGUCCCGUGUGAAACAGGGCCUACUUUCUAAGCCCUCCUAGCACCCAUCAUCGCAUCAGCAAGUCAAGUUAAGUCUACCAGUGUAGCUGUAGCAUAGGCAUCACCGUGGACACAGUUCUCUCCCAACUUCAUCCCCAUUACUCUCUCCCACUAAACACGUCUUCCCCUCUUCACACUCUUAGGGCAUCAGUGAUUCUUUUGGCAAGUCAGGGCCCAUCAGACAUUUCUUCAAGUGUUUUAGAAUUGGCAUCCUAUUUCCUAAAGGCUCUGGUCAAAAGCAGUGCACUAUAUUAGGAAGCAACCUUCUACUGUCCUAAUGCAGAGAGCUGAUUCUGAUUCUAUUAAUGGGCAGUUUGCAUGUAAACAAUCAGCUUAGUGAGCAGCAGUAAAUGCUGUCAAUGCAUAAUUGAAAAAUGUAAUAUUAUUGCACCUUAUGCAAGUCAACAGUCACACAACCAGAACACAAUUGACCUUUGGUAAACAGCUGAAAACUGAUAUUGUGAAUUGUUUUAGCUGAAUCUAUGAUGUUUUAGGGAACAGUGGGACUGUUGUGUUCAUAGCAGCCAGAUUGAAAACACCCACUGUAUGCUUUGGUCCUGUCACUCUUCUGAUCAAUUAUCUAAUUUGUAACUGUGACAGUUGAGUUGUUUUCUAUGCAGUAUUGAAUUUGACCGGUGGCAAACAAUACGCUGUUCGUGAAAAUGAGCAAUUAUAUAGAGCUAGUGUGGUUAAGGCUUUCAAUUAGUACCUGUAUGGUUUUUCAUUUCAGCAGGCAUUGCAUGAAUCUACAGUGGAAUUAGGACAAUUGGAUUUUGGGGUGUGAAUUGGGUGAAGGACAUAUUUUAACACUCUUUACAAUUCCCAAUUUAUCAUAGCUCCAUGAUGAGAAGUCACAUGGUUUUGAUGUCAAAAUGAACUAGAGUUAAUGCAUUGUGGCUCGGUUGUUUUCAGACCUCAACCUUGUUCUUCUAUCGCCAGGUGUAAAAGCAUGGAGCUGUCAUACAUCAAUGGUAAUUUAAUGGUAUUAGUCUUAAAUUGGUUCUGGGAAAUCAAAUUUGGUAUAAAUGAAAACAGGGAGAACGUUUUUGAAUCAGCAUGUUACUUAUGAGUUACAAAAAGAGGUUGAGAAGCCACCUAGCUCCACCCCCUCCUGUAAUCCUAUUGAGUUUUUAUGACCUCAUUUUAUUUGCCUGGCCCUGGAUUCUUAAGAGUGUAUGUCCAUCAAUUCUAGCCUUCUAUGACAAGUGCCAAAAUAUGAACUCUCUCUGAGAAUACCUCUGUCUCUGUCAUUUUGUAGAUGAAGGUGGAACGUGCCCACUGCUCAGCUCUACUCGAAUUGCCAAGGGGUACUAGAAGCCAUCAAUUCCAUAAUAAACAAGUUUUUUUUUUAAAGUGCUGACGUGAUUUAGUAGCAUCUGAUUUUAAAAAGGUUUUUCCAAAGGCAUUAUGUCUUUGACGAAGGCAAAACUGCAGCAUCUAUGUGAAGUGAAGGUUUGCCUUUUUCCAUUUUCUACCAUAUCAGUUGUCCUAUUCCCAAAUAUUGACCAGUCUCUCUAUGAUUAACUAUAUCCUUUGCUUAUAAUUUAUUUUCUAAUUAUCUACAAACAUGAGUCCGCUCAAAUCUACGCAAAAAAAAAAAUAACUGCAUAAUCUGAGUAGCUAUGGGGAACAUUCCAAAAGACUCUCUUUGUUUGCUCAGUGCUCCUCCUGUCAGGCCCUGUCUAAUCAGUGGAGAAGCUGUUACUCAGAGGGAUUUAGUUCAUUAGUAAACAAUCCUUCCCUGCUGUUCCCCUCUGUGGUUCUAUCACAACACGCACACCUGGACAUACAACUAGGUAAUUGGGCCUGCAUAAAGAUGCCCUAUAUAAACAAUUGUCUAUUCAUAUUUUGUUUCCAAUGAUUUUGCUGAAUGUGAAGUUCAUGCUGUGAGAUGACAAUGUUUUAUAAAGUUUUAUGAGUUUCAUUUUCUUAGCCAUAUGAACAAUUAUGACACUGGCAUGGCACUUUGAAGUAUCUGAGGGUUGUCCAGAGUUUUUGGUUUUAUACAUUUAUACAGAUUAAUAUUCAUUUUGGUUUCAGAUGGUUUAACUAUCUUGCUUGUUGCUAUAUCUGUAUAAUUCCUGAGAUAGAUUUAAGCCGCCAAAUUUACCAGUCAUGUUUAAGUCUGCUCACCACAGUUUGCUGGCACUUUACGAUUUGGGCAUUACAUUGCAAAAUUACAUAAGCAGAAUGCCUUGUUUGCUGAAAUGUCUUUCCUAGGGGUGCUCCACAGGUUAUGAGAAACAAGUGUAUUGUUCUGUCUAGAUGUUUGUUGUGACAUCACAUGUAACAGUGCUUUUGUUAACCUAGCUGACAGCAAAGGAUUCCUCUGCAUCAAAUGACAAACAGGAAAAUAUAGCUGUCUCCUUGUAUGACAUUAAACAACAUCCUUUUUUUGGAUGGGUCCAACUGCAAGGCUAUUGUUCUCCAGCUCAUUUUGUUCAGAUUAUUUAUUUUACGAUGGCACCCCUACCUCGACAUUCAACGGCAAAACUUCAUGUAACAUAAAAUGAAAAAACAGUAUUGUAUAAUGUUCAAAUCUAGAUGUGAACACAAGUGCUUUUUAAAAAAAAUCUUAGAAUCGUUAAAUGUGAGUAGAAAACUGUUUGUGCUGUUUUUCAGUGUGGAUUUAUUGACAAGUCAAGGCACUCGUCAGUCAGAUGAAAUAAUGUUCUGCAGUUGUCAAGGUGUUGAAGAAAAACAAUCCUCAAAUGUAUUACAGUACCUAGUUUACAGUUUGUACAAUAUGUGCCCUUACUACGUGUAGAAUAAACGUGUAUGUUCAUUUUU